AUGAGUGCGCGAGACACGGAACCACCCACACCUCCCCCUCCGAAGAAAGUCCGAAUCGCUUGUCGCCGAUGUCGAGCGAAACGCGUCAAGUGUGAUGGCGGCACCCCGGCCUGCAGCAAUUGCUCCCGAGCCAGUGUUCCUUGUGUCGAUGUCGAUGGCCAGAAUCGCGACAUCUUCAUCCCUCGAAACUUUAUCACACAAUGUUGCGCCAGGAUAAGAUGGCUGGAGCAGCAGAUUCAGAUAUUAGACCCCGAGUUCGACUUGACCAAGGGGCCAUCGGUAAAUGGGACUCAGGUGGACAUGUCAUCGCAGUCUAGUCCAGGCAUACCCAAUAACAAUCCUCCCAGCAUGUCAGAGACCCAGCCACAGAAUCAUGACAAACCAAUCACAGGGAAACGAACAUACGAUUCAGUGGAGGGACUUGAACUUGACCGGCCCCUACCGGCUGAAGCAUCCUCGGUCGCGAAUGUCCUGGGAAUGCUGUCGCUCCAUUCAGAUUCCAGACAGCAGCACUAUAUGGGCUCUUCGUCGGGCCUAUUAUUCACGAAACUGAUUGGAGCGGGCAGAGAAACACAGGAAACAAGCCACAUAUCCCACACGGAAACUACCUACGGUGAGCGAUCUUCAGCAUCUCAGAUAUCGAUGACAGCGUAUCACUCGCUGUACUGGACAUUGGCAAAGGAGCUGCCCGCACCCGAGGAAGCCGGAAUUCUCCUUGGGAUUUAUUUCCAGCAUAUCCACAUCGACCAGCCAUUCCUACACCCCGCUUCGCUCGCCAACGCGUACUGGGCGUUGCAUGAGAGCACGAAGAUGGAACGUCCUGGAAAACAUGACAGCAACGGAUGGAUGGAGGGCAUACGGCCCUUUGAGUAUAAUGGAAAGAUAGAUGUUGUUGAGGGCAAAGAGUCCACCCCGAUUUCGGUCUUCACAGCCGCAUUCCAUGUUUUCAUGGUGUUUUCUCUCGCAGCAACGGUCCUCACGCGCAAGAAGAACUUUGAUCAUUCUCCCACACGGUUUUAUAGAUUGGCCAUCGCCGAAGCAUCCGACUGUUUUUCUUCCGUCUCUGUGACUGCUUUGCAAGGCAUACUGCUCCUCGCAGUCCAUAGUAUGGCAUGCCCAGCGGGUCUCAAUAUCUGGACGUUAUCACACAUAGCAAUGUCUCACUGCAUCGAUCUGGGCCUCCAUCGGGAGCCGGACCCCUCAAGUGCAUCGAAAACAUCUCUGGCAAUUAAUAGACUGAUAUUUUAUACCGUCUACUCGCUUGAUCGAUCUAUAUCCACUAUCCAAGGUCGUCCCUUGGGUAUCAGGGACGAAACCUUUGACAUACGUUGUCCGAAAUUGGACGAUAUCACAGACGAAUUGCUCGGUAUCGCAAAUCGCAACAUGAAUAUAUCAACACCGUCAACGGCUCACAUGUCAUUAUCCAUCCGUCGGUUUCAAUUGGACCAGUACAUCUCCGAGAUAAAGCUCCUGUUCUAUCAUUUACCCAAGGAGCUUAGGCCAUUGGUGUGGCCGGGAGACCUUAAAGGCCUCCAAGCACGUAUUAAACUUGAUCUCGACGCAUGGCUGACUGAAACGUCCGUUAUUCUACCGCCUGCUAAAUGGGAGGGGGAUACCCUGCGCUUUCAGCAUGAAAAGCUCAAGUUGGAGACCUUGUACCACUCAGCAAUCACACUCUUGUUUCAACCAUCCCAGGUCUUUCGUUCGCCAUCGCAAAGCGCUCUCCAACAGUGUUACCAAAGCAACAGACGGAAGAUACGCAUCUACAACCAUCUCAACACGGAGGAUCAGGUCUAUUACAGCUGGCGAAAUAUUCAUGGGAUCUUCUCUGCAGGUGCGACCAUGGUCUAUUGCAUCUGGGCCUGUCCCGCCCUUCAGGCCGCAAUUCCGUUUGCCGAGGUGUUGUGGGACCUACGAACAUGCUCAAACCUGCUCAGUAUUGGUGGUCAAUGGUGGCCUUCGGUUCGCAAUGGCAAGGGAAGUUUCGAUCAAAUUGUGGAUCUUACCAUACGCCGGUUAAGCCGGUCACAGCCCCCUUCCCCGCGAACGCGGCGUCGACUCGAACCACCAAGUACUGACAUAAGCGGUCAACCUGAUAUCACCCGCACGAACUUGGAUACAGAUAUAUUUGACCGGGGGAUGCAGGUUGUUGGAGAGACAUCCAGCUACCCCAUGGGUCUCGGGGACCUUCUUUCAAUGGAGGACCCCGGGUUGUUGCCCCCCGACACGACCUACCUGGAUGCUUCUGACACCGCUGCUAUUGAUUCCGCCAUGGAAAGCUUUCUGGCAGAAUUCGUGCAUGGAGACUGGAGCUGGGACCCAUUCGCAGGAAGUACUGUCCUGUAG